AUGGGCACCUUUCUAUCUUCUAGCAGUCCCAAGUCCAAAGGUGCUGUGUCCGGAGGUCCCAAAUCCAGUGGUCCUGGGAGAAGAGUUUCAAAGGAAGCUCCAUUAAAUCUGAAUUUGAGGAACCUGUGUGAGGCCUACCGAGAGGAGAGAAGACGGAAAUCUUCAAUAGGAGACGAAGCCGUCUGCAGCCUUCACAAAGAGAAGCUCAGGCUCUUCUGUCUGGAUGAUCAGCAGGCCGUGUGUCUGGUGUGUCGAGACUCCAGAAAACACACAAACCACAAAUUCUGUCCCAUAGAUGAAGCUCUGACAGAUAAUAAGGAGAAACUCCAGGAUUUACUGAACCACUUACAGGAGAAACUGAUCAAAUUUGAGGAUUUUAAAGAGAAUUUGGAUAAAUCUGCUAAACAUAUUAAGGCUCAGGCUCAAUGCACAGAGAAGCAGAUUAAAGCAGAGUUUCAGAAACUUCACCAGCUUCUGCAUGACGAGGAAGCGAUCAGAAUAACAGCGCUAAGAGAGGAAAAGAAGCAGAAGAGUCAGAAGAUGAUCGACAAGAUUGAGGAGACCAGCAAACAGAUUGUAUAUCUCACACGCACAAUCAGAGACACAGAGGAGCAGAUGAAAGCUGGAGAUGAUUCAUUCCUGCGGGACUUAAAGAACACACUGAAAAGAGGUCAGCAUGGUCUGUCAGAUCCAGAGAACGUUUCAGAAAUGCUCAUCGAUGUUCCAAAACACCUGAGCAACCUAAAGUUCACCGUGUUACAGAAGAUGCAGGAAUAUAUUAAAUACACUCCAGUGACCUUGGACCCCAACACUGCUCACUGUACUCUCAUCGUGUCUGAUGAUCUGACCAGCGUGCGAUUCAGGGAUGAGGAAAAGCUGCUUCCUGAUAAUCUCGAGAGAUUUGACUGUCGGGAGUGUGUUCUGGGUUCAGAGGGCUUCGACUCAGGACUUCACUGCUGGGACAUUGAGGUUGGAGACCUCACAAACUGGACCUUUGGUGUGAUGACAGAAUCUGUUCAGAGGAAGGAUGACGUUCUGACAAAGAAAGGACUCUGGGUUCUUGGGUACGCUUCUGGUGAAUAUUAUGCAUUCAUUACACCAGAGCAGUCGCCUCCCCUGUCAGUGAAGAAUAAACUUCAGAAAAUCAGAGUUCAGCUGAACUAUGAAAAAGGAAAACUGUCAUUCAUCGAUCCUCUCAAUAACGCAUACAUUCACACUUUUACACAGAAGUUCACUGAGAAAGUCUACCCAUGGUUUGGUGUCCGCUGUGACAUUUGUCCUCUGGUGAUCUUACCAGUGAUCUGA